AUAAACAAAUGUUCUUACUUGUGCCUGUUUGUAUGAUUGUUGUAGCUAAGGCUAUGGUUGGUCCCCGAACAUGGUUUGGCGGCAUUCUUCAUCGCACAGGUCUUAGGCGUCAUGGAAGUGAGAAGUUUUUAGACUAUAAUUUAAGUGUCAUUCAGGAGCAAAGACUACAAAGGUUGCGAGAAAGAUGUCAUGUUCCAUUUGAUUUAACACGCCCUGAUCAUCAAGAUUCUCUAACAGCAUUGUGGUAUGCUGCGUUUCCAAAGGUUCAUCUCAGUGGGUUGGUCUCGGAGCAGUGGAAAGAUAUGGGCUGGCAAGGCCCAAAUCCAUCAACUGACUUUCGGGGUUGUGGCUUCAUAGCACUAGAGAACUUGCUAUUUUUCUCCCGCACAUACCCAGCCUCAUUCCAGAGUCUACUAUUCAAGCAAGAUGGCAAUAGAGCAACAUGGGAAUACCCCUUUGCUGUGGCUGGGAUCAAUCUAACAUAUAUGUUGAUUCAGAUGUUAGAUAUAUUCUCAGAAAAACCAAGAUGCAUCUCAGGAAAGAAUUUUGUCAAAAUGAUUGGAGAAGAUGAAGAGGCCUUUGACAUGCUCUUUUGUGUAGCUUUUGAAAUGAUGGACGCUCAAUGGCUUGCUAGGAAUGCUUCUUACAUGCAAUUCAAUGAUGUUUUACAAGCAACACGUACGCAAUUAGAGAGAGAAUUGUCUUUGGAGGAUGUGCUGAGAGUACGCGAUCUGCCAGCUUACAACCUAUUGUACAAAUAGUCUCCUUUAUUUCAGAACUCAGAUUGCAUUGAGCUGGGCAUUAGAGGAUUCGCAAGGUGAAGGAGAGUGUUGAACCAUUAUUUUUACUUUUGUGUGUCUUCCUGGUAUGUGAUAGGUAUCAAGGUCUGUAUUUCUUUGUUGGUAAAAAGUGAUGCCAAUUAAUUGUUUAAUAUAUUGUAUGAUCACAGUAAGCCUAUAUUAGUUUUGAAAGUUUGUGAAAUAUAAUGAAGCCAAACUUAUUUGUAGGCUCC